GAAAUCCCGUUUCCCGCUCUCGCCGCAGUACCACAAAAGGGCAGGAGCAGGCAUUAGGUAUCACUAUGAUCUGAAAAAGGGCGCUUCAGAUUAUAUCAAAAAAGAAAAUUUAAUAAUUCAUGCAACAAUCAAACCAACCCUUCAAAACCAACCUUCUCACCUAACUCUAUCCAUUGUUGUGUAUGUUUAAUAUCAGAAAAAUAUUCAUACCAUUUUCAUUUUCAGCGAACAAAGUUUAGAUCUCCAUCAGACUUGGCCGCCCCUGUUCGUACACUAUGAGUGGGGUGAAAUCAUCAUCAUCGGUAUAGCUUCAAUAAGACGCUGCACGCUGCCAUGUAUUUGUCGACGGCGAAACUCGAUGCGGAGACCAUAUCCUUUCUCACUACACCGAUACCGCAGUCUAUACCAUUCGAAUCAAAUGUAUAUAUUAGGGGCGACUCUCAGAUUCAGCGAUGGUCAUCUCUGAUUGGAAUCGUCACUGCAAUAGUGGGCAAUAUUCUCAUAUCUUUCGCUCUAAACAUACAGCGAUAUGCACACAUAAGGUUGCAUGAGGGGGACAUGCGACGGAAAGAGAGGCUGAAGGCUAUUUCGAAAUCUGCGGGGGGGUAUGGAACAAUUGGAACAGCGGAGGCGAAUAGGACUAGAAUUGUCGAAGAGAACUACGAAGGUGGUGAAGAGGAGCCUUUACGACGAUCAUUUCGCUCCCAAAAUUCUCAAUCUUCAACUUGCACAGAGGACGACGAUGUUGAUGAAAAAUCUACAUACUUGCGGUCUCCAUACUGGUGGGGAGGGAUUGUUUUAAUGACUAUUGGAGAGCUUGGAAACUUUUUGGCAUAUGGCUUUGCGCCCGCGUCAAUCGUUUCUCCAUUGGGUGUCGUCGCCUUGAUAUCGAACUGCGUGAUAGCUCCGAUCAUGCUGAAGGAACAAUUCAGACUCAGGGACUUCUGGGGAGUGGUAGUUGCUGUUGCAGGUGCUGUUACAGUCGUCUUGAGUGCCAAGCAAGAAGAAAAGAAAUUUGGACCUCAUGAGAUUUGGGGUGCUAUUACUACUACUGAGUUUGAAAUUUAUAUGGGUGUCACAGUAUUGUUAAUUGCGAUCUUGAUGUGGGCAAGCCCGAGAUAUGGCAAGAAAACAAUAUUGGUUGAUCUUGGACUUGUUGGAUUGUUUGGAGGCUAUACAGCACUUUCAACCAAGGGUGUAUCAUCGAUGCUUUCUUCUACUCUUUGGAGAGCGUUGACCACACCGGUUACAUAUGCUCUUCUGCUCGUGCUGGUUGCUACCGCCAUUAUGCAGGUUAGAUAUGUCAACCGGGCUCUUCAACGCUUCGAUUCGACUCAAGUUAUUCCUGUACAAUUCGUCAUCUUCACAUUAUCGGUUAUUACUGGCAGCGCAAUUCUCUAUCGCGAUUUCGAAAAAGUCACUAGCGAGAAUGCAGUAAAAUUUAUCGGUGGCUGUAUGCUGACAUUUUUCGGGGUUUGGCUCAUUACCAGCGGUAGGCCAUCGCAUGACGAUGAGAACGUUAGUGAAGCGGAUGUUGAUGGCGAGGAAGAACGGAUUCGACUCUCCACCCAGGAACCUACCAGCGAUGAAGUUCCAUUUCGUAACGAUACACGGAAACGAUCUAGUCUUCAAUCGAAGUCAAGGCCGAGCCUGACCCAUGCUAGUGAUGGGUCUGUCGACGAAGAAGCAAUUCAAGAAUCGCGGAGGUCAUCACAUGUUAGCUUCGUAAUAUCACCAUCACGACAUCCAGUAGUACGAGUGCGUACAUCGGAUCUGUCUGGUGAUCGACCUGCAAGUGAGGAAAGCCCCCUAAUCUCCAACCCAUGGCUGGACUCAAAUGAAAACUUCCUACAAAAACCAAAACAUCCAGGUAUACAAUCCAGUAUUUCAUCCCCAGUGCUACCUUCCGAGGCUCAAUCACCCCCACCUAUACGGCCACUUCCCACUAGGAAUAAUACGCAAUCUCAUUUCCAUACCCCUCAGAAUCAACAAAAUGGACCGUCACCACCCCAAGCAGAGCGACCAAUGACGCCAACAAGUUAUUCGUUAUCUCGUAUGCUUCCUGGUCCAUUAUUAUCGCCUCUAUCCGGAGGUUUAAGUGUGGUAAUAGCAGAUUCAUUAAGACGUCGAGUUGAUUCCCCUCGCAGCAAAUCUUCUAGACGGCAGCCCGAUCUCCGAAGAUCAAAAUCAGUAUCCCAAAGACUUAUACAAGCAAGUGAAGGCGCAACUGAUGAUGAGGAUAUUGAUGCACCUUUGAAGGACAAUAAAGCAGCACAAGAGAUAGAAGAACGUGAAUCACUCAACCGUUCAAUGAAAACCAGACCUCGGAGUUUGAGUAAUACACUUGGAGAAUUUCUAAGAGGGAAGCCAAGAGAUGGGAAGGACAAUGAUGAGGAAGCGGGCCCGAGCGGGUCAUAA